AUGGCAUGCAAUGGAGAGUGCGCCUGCUCAGAUCUUCUUCCAAUUAAGUCGCUUUUUCCUUACAUGGAGAUCGAUAAAAUAUCGGUUAUUAAUGAAGCCAAAAAAGGAUCUCUACUUGAAAUAAUUAAAGCCAGCAAUUCUGUUAAAGACAUUCCAUUUUCCUGCCAUUCCAAAGACAGUAAAGGAUUAUUAGUCAAGAUUCCAUUUAACUGCAAAGUGUCCCUAACCAAUCUACAGAUAAAAAGUACAUUCAGUAAGCUAGAAGUAUUUACAAAUAAUUUAUAUGUGAAAUUAGAAAAUCCUAAAACAUCACGGCCAGACAGCCGGAAAGCAUCCCAGUCCAGUGAACAUUCUAUCCUAAGUGAUCAUUUUCUUAAUAUUAACAUAUCGAGUAAGAACAAGUCGGUUGACACGCUAACAAUCAGACUAACAGGAAGUGAGGGUGUUGGGGAGGUAAAUUACCUAUGCAUCUGUGGGACAGUCACUGGAAUACUUCCUAAGGCAGUAAAUACAACAUAUGAAGCAUAUCCAGUAGCAGAUUUAGGGAAAAUAACAGAAGAAAUGGGGGUUAUGAGGAAAUAG